GGAUCAUGUUUAUGCGGAUGCAGUUGCGUCGCUGGCUGCUGACGGCGCUGCAGUGGCUGACGAAGGGCAGCGACGUGCAGGUGCUGCACUACGAGCUGCUGCAGCACAACCUGACGGCGGCGCUGACGAGCCUCGUGACGACCUUAGGUCUUCCUGCUGACACUCACAGACUGCAGUGCCUUGAGACGCACAACCACGUUGCGUUUCGUCGAAAAACGCAAUUUCUGCCCGCGAAUUUGCCGGUUUUCCCAGCAGGAGUAAGGGACAAGGUGGACCGGGCCAUUCGUUAUGUGGAUCAUCUUCUGACAGAACGCAAGCUCCCUCCUCUGCCCCUGCACCUCUACGAGUUCUACAACCGCACCUCGUCGCACACGAUCGUACGAGUUCCGUGCGAGGCGCAGGCGUCCGAUUUCGAUUGUGACGUGAAAGUCGACGAACUCAAUACGGCGCUGAUACGGAAGGCAACUCUCUCUAAACGCGUCUAAGUCAUCAUAAGAAGUCGUCAGUAAGUUAGUCCAGCAGCCGCGCUAACGGAGUCUGUGGGGUUGAAUUUUAUAAUUUAUAGAAGUCUUUGCUUCAGGCGAGUUGUAUCGUGUGAGAUAAAAUUUAUUUUAUUUGUUUAAGCAGCCCUUGAAUAAAUAUUUAUUUAUUAUUCUUUCUUUAUUACACAUUUCAAAAUCUUACUGCUAGCGAUUUGGCAGUUGUUUGGAUGUGUGAUGUACCUCAGAAGAAAUG